GGAAAACAAAAAGGGGGUGGGAUGGGAAGCUUCAGUCAGUCAGAAUACCUGUUUUGUGCUCGGAAUAGAAAAACUUCAUGAACGUUAACCCAUCCAGUCUGGGCGUUGGCCAGGCAUGAACCACAGCUAUAUUAAUGCAGUCAGAAGUGCACUCUCAAGCGGAAUCAAGCUGUCUUCAUCUUAGAUCACAGCAAACUCUGCAGAAAUUCAGCCAUGUCUAAGCUAGAGAAAGCCAUUGUGGCCAUAGUAGAAGUUUUCGAGGAGUACGCUGGGAAAGAUGAACAAAAGAAGAAGCUGAGCAAUGCAGAGCUCAGUGAGCUGAUAAAGACCCAACUGAGCAGCCCUGAUUUCCAGAGUAAGAUAGACAAAGAUGACAUCAAGGAAGCCCUGGAGAAGAUCGACAAGAACCACGACGGCCAGGUGAACUUCGGCGAGUUCAGUCAGUGCGUCUCCAAUCUCGCCAGGGGAUACUACAGGAAGAAGUACGGCAAGGAAAAGGGCAAAUGAAGACCAUCUUUCAUGCUCUUAAUAUGUCACUAGUAAAUAAAGUUCUGUCUUGUACUGUAGGACUGACCCAGUUCCAGUCCUGCAGUUAGUACACAUGUAAGGCAAUGUUGAGUCCCACUCAUGGUCUAAAGUGGAUAAAUCACAUUCAGUACAAGUAAUAAAGCAUUUACAAACCUUUCGA